CCGCCGCCGCCCUAUUAACCCGCCCGCCCGCCUCUGUACUUGCUCCUGCAGCUUCCCUCCCGGCCAUUGACACCCGCAAUGUCCUUCGUGCGCGCCGCAUCGAGGGUCAGUCGAGUGGGCGUGCGAGCUCCGGCCCACCGAGCCAGCCCCAUUGCAUGGAGCGCGCCGCGGCCAUUCUCGCAGUCGGCCAUCCGAUGCAGCGACCAGCACGCCGAGGAGACGUUCGAGGAGUUUACUGCCAGGUAUGAGAAGGAGUUCGACAAGGUGAACGAUGUUUUUGAGCUCCAGCGAAACCUCAACAACUGCUUUGCCUACGAUCUCGUCCCCUCGCCCUCCGUCAUCACCGCUGCCCUCCGCGCUGCCCGUCGCGUCAACGACUUCCCCUCCGCCGUCCGAGUCUUCGAGGGCAUCAAAUACAAGGUCGAGAACAAGGGCCAGUAUGAAGAAUACCUCCAGGAGCUCGAGCCGAUACGCGAGGAGCUCGGCGUCCCGCUGAAGGAGACCAUGUACCCCGACGACAAAUAGAAGCAACUCGCAUAUCCCCCGUCCCCUUCCCAGCGAUGAAGCGCAACACGAGCACGCGCAAGCACAAUCACCUGUACAUGUCACCACAAUUUUGAUUUCUCACUACUAGAACCGACGAAAAGGAGGGAUGGGACGCUGUAUCACUACUGCGAUGUUUUCUCUACAAGCUAUCUAGGUAUGCGGCGGGGUUGAAUCGGUGCAUGGGGUCGUAGCAGCAUUAGAGGAGAGAGCGGCAUUCCGCUGUAGCCGUUGUACAGAAUUCCCAUUUUUGGUUUUGCA